AGUCAUAUUUACAUAAAACACCAAAGAGGUCGUUGAGCAGGAAAUCCCGAAUCCCUACUUUCAGCUCUCCUAUCAAUGACACCGAUGUACAGCAAGAAAUCUUUUGGGAUCCUUAUUCACCAAUUGCUCACAAACUAGGCAAUGAGAAAACCAAACAGUCUUCCAGGAGAUGUACAGUAGAAAUUUCAGACAUUGUUAAUCGUAUUGCUCCGCAGGAUGAAAAAGCAACCUGUAAUGAAGGCUCCCUUUUAGGAACAUGGAUUGGUGAGGAUGCUAUUCCCUGUACACCGGGAGUGGUAAAAGUACGAGCUAGGACAAAGUUAAGUUGUAUAAGAGAUCUUAAAAUAAAAAAUCCUGAAGAAGAACUCAUGAAAUUGGCCAAGGAAUUUGAUAAAAAUCUAGUAGAGCUCGAUGCUGUUCAGGAACAGGAGAAGAAGCUUGGUUGUGACUUCAUCCAGACCUCCUCAGAGCCUUUAAAUAAUUCUAAAGAUGCAGUAAAUACGAAGAACCUGAAAUCACUCUUUGGUGAAGGUUCUGAAAUGGAUAACACUCUGUCCCUGAAACCAGUUGGACAGAGCACUGGCAUCCCAGCUGCAGAGCCCUGUCAGUCCAGCGGUGAAAACUCUGUAGACCUUGAGGCUGAAACAGAUCUUCAUGCUCUUUUUGACUGCUCUACCCAGAAGUGUAGUGGACGGUUGAGCCAAGGACUGUCAGAUAUUUCUUUAAAUAAAAGUUUUAUUGAAAAUAAAAGCGCCUUGGAGGAGCACCUUUCUGACAAAAUUGAAAAUAUGCAGCAUACCAAUUCAGAGUCACAUCAUAAAGAUACUCUGCAUGCCGUAGGAGGCAUGAACCAGACUGUACCAAAACCUGAUAGCCACACAUUGACAAGAAAAAAUCCUCCUCUGAAGGCACAAUUGGUGGCUUCCACUAAGCUUGCAGGAGUAGUUCAUGAUGACUUUGAUGACUGGGAUGCAGAUUUAUUGGCUGAUGACUCUUUUGUGAUGCAAAUAACUCAAAAUCCUGAAUUGAUACAUACUGAAGAAUCACCACCAAUUCCUGCAAAUCCAUCUGUGUGUGAUUUGCGUGAUAACAGCAGAACAAAGGCAAGAAUUGGUGGCAGUUCAGUAACUUGCCUGGGGAGUGUACACAAAUCGAACAGUUUGCAGUUUUCACCCUUGGAACAUUCUAGUAAAACCACACAAAAUGUUGUAAAAUCUCUGUCUUUACAGAAGUCAUCUAAGAAGGAAAACUCAAAGGCAGAGACCAGAGCCUUGCAUGGCAAAUGUGAUGUUAAUGCAGAUAAAAUAAAUUCUCUUUGGAAAAGUGCACAAAACAGUGAUAGAAAUUAUAUUCCUGUUUCAACGGAAUCUGAAGUGAAGAAUGGAAAUGAAACUAUUCAGCCUAAAAGUGACUCUCUUCCUCUUUGUCUUCCAAGAUCUAAUCCUCAUAGACAAUGGACAGAAAAACCUGGGAAUAGCACUCAUACUAUUUCCUGUCAAUCAUCCAGUAUUUCUACCAAUAUGAAACCUAGUAAUCUAACUAAAGUGGUUAACCAAGCUAAUGCAGGUCACUUAAAUCAAGUUGAAACACCAAAGAAAUGUCCUCUGUCAUUUGAUGACUGGAAUGAACCAAAAUUCUCAGAUGAGAUACUGGAUAUGUUUUGUGGAUCCGAUAAUCUUUGGGAUGCAAACUGUGAGGAUGAUGAAUUGUUGUAUCAGGUCUGUGAUGAUAUAGAAAAGCAGACUCAGAUCCAGGACGUUAAACAAGGAAAUGAAAGAACGAAAACUAUACAAGGAGGCAGUAUUAAUUCCAGGUCAAAUGCUGAUAACAGCUUUCCAGCAGCUAAACAAGGACUACCUGAUCUCUUGACACACAAAACAAGUGCAAAACAGGAGGCUUUCUCACUAAAUGAUUCCUGUAGGAAUUCGUCAAAGGUCACACAUGGGCUGGCCACAACAGGCCAUGUAAUGAACUGUAAGAACAUCUCAAGUCCUCAAACUGUGAUCUCAGGUCCUUCCACAGCAUAUAAGUACACACUGAUUAAAAGCUGUCAUCAAGCUGCUUCUGAAGGUACCACAAAGACUGUUUUGGGAAAAUGGUGCCGGUCAGAUUCUGUGCCAGCAGGAGAGACUGGUUCUGAAGUAAGUCCUGUUAAUGAAGUAAACAUUUUUAGUAGCAAAACAUUAGACAGCCCAGAUCCCUUGUACAAUAGGGGAAAAAUGCCAAGUAGCAGUUCUGGUAACAAAACAUCAUUUGUGCCUUCAAAGUUUAAGUUCCGGAAGGUGAACAAUUCUCAGGGUGGUCUUCAUGUAGGGUCUGAAAAUCCAGGGAAUCAUUCUGGCAUUGGAAUUACUCUGCGGGAUUUGGAAGGAAGCAAGAAUCGGGUGAAUGUGACUUUGCACAGCAAGCUUGACAAUAAGAAGCCACCUUUCAAGAGGCACCUUUCAGAGUCUUUUGCACAGACUACAUCAGUGUCUGUGGUGGAACAAAAAAAUAGAAAAUGUUCUCAAGAAGAGAUUGAAAGAAAGAAACAAGAAGCUCUUGCACGAAGAAAAUCCAGAAUGCUGGCAUGUUUUAAAGAUGCUUGA